GCUGAUACUAAGCAGGCUAUACCAAACUGAUCUAGGAAAAUAAAGGAGCCACACCUCAUGCAGUUAUUCAUUUUCCAACCUCAUGGGGAAAAAAGAUUGGCGACAGCGUAGACACUGAUAAUAACCCUUCAGGAGAACAUGUUGCUGCUGAAUAAGUUUCCUGCAUGGCUCUCUGCAUUCACUCUGCUUUUGCUGACUCAAGAGCCUGUCUCUACAUCAGAGGUCAUGGCCUGUGGAGUGGCGGUGGACCCACCUGCUAAUAUUGAGAUAACAGACCCUGGCUUCCUGGGUUACCUCAGUAUCCACUGGACUCGGCCAGCCAGCCUUCAGAACCUUACAGGCUGCACAGUACGAUACCAACUCAGAUACUAUGACACCUACGAGGAACGGUGGAGGAGUGUCCGAACUGUCAAGCUGACUUAUGCUGCUCAGUUUGACCUUGAGAAACCAGUCAAGGUGAGAAUACUCACUGUGCUGAAGUGUGCCUGCACCAAUGGGACAGAGGUUCAAGGGGAGGAGACAGAGUGGGUCUACACACGUGAACCUACAGGUGUGGCUGGAUCAGGAAUAAGAGAUUUUCACUGUGUCUACUAUGGUAAGGAGUACUUGGAAUGCACCUGGGAGUCAGGACCUGUCCAGCCUCCGAAUUCACAGCACUACCUCUAUUACUGGCACAGGGAAAUGGAUGAAACAAAGGAAUGUCCAGAAUACAUCGUAUUACCUGAGGGUCAAAGGGGAUGCAGGUUUCCUCGAGAAUCACUCUUGGAGUUCUCCAAGUUUAAUUUAUGUGUAAAUGGAUCCUCUCCAGCAGGAAGUCUGAGAACGGCCUACUUUUCUAUUGAGGUCCAAAACCAUGUAAAACCAGCCGUGGUCUCCUCUGUGCAUGUCUCGGAGACUGAUGGAGGUUUGAAGUUAGAUUGGUCACCACCUAGUGGUCGGGUGCCAGAACACUGCUUGGAAUAUGAGGUGGAAAGCAGCACUGCGAUGGAAAAUGGCAAAGAAAAGCAGGAAAGGAUGGUUUUUCAGAAUUUAGUGGACACAUCUUAUGGCCUUCUGAGAGGGGUAGAAAGUCAGAAAACUUGCUUUCGAAUCAGAUCAAAGGUGAACAUGUACUGCGCUGAUGGAGGAAUUUGGAGUGACUGGAGCCAAACAAAGUGUACAGAAGAUAAGGAAACUCGAUACAUCCCAGCAUGGAAAUAUCUCAGUCUGGUGGGCCUGGUGGUCAUUGGCAUUGGCAUCCUCUGUCUUUCAUUAUGGAUAUUAAAGAAGAUUUGCAUAAAAAAAAUCAACAAAAAGGAUGCCCUCUAUACUUUAUACAAGGAGAAGGUCAACAAGACCAUGCCCACUAUCCUCAGCCCUAUUUUCAAGUGAUGCUCCCUAUGACCUGCUAUGCUGAACUACUGUUUUAGCAGUUCUAAACUGCAGUAAAAGCACACUACUCAGAGAAACAAACCUGAGAAGUGAGACUUCAACACCCUUAGUGCAUUUAAAGUGACAGCUGAUAGAACCAGUAAUCUUGUGAAAUAGAUAUGUGGAGACCUAAAUGAACCACGGCACUGACCUUAAUGUAUGUACUACUUUGUUUACCAAGCCACUGUACUAAUAUGUGAUACACGCAUAUCAUGUGUCACUUAAAGUUACUCAUAGAUUUUUUUCAAAUGCCAAUGAUCUUGCCAAUUUAAUCAAUGAUUUUUCAAACGCCAAUGAUCUUGUCAGAUUUAUUUUUCUAUCAGCUUUUUUGCGGUUUCACUUGGAUGUAUGACUUUCAGUAUUUGAGUUUAUUUUACUGCUGAUUACAUAAUGAAGAAAUCAGGAGUAAAGAGUAUUCAUACACUUUGGAAAAAAGUGCAAACUUUUAAAUACAUUAUUAAAAUAAAAAAUUUUCUUGAAUUUAUAAUCUGUUUGUGUAAGUUUUUGCAAUAGAUACAAUCAACAAGAAGUCUGUAAAACACCACCACUGUGCACAGAUAAGCAGUUACAAAACAUAUUAGCAUUCUUGUUCAGUUCCUAAUCAGAACAUCAAAGCCCCCAUGGUGGUCAUCAUCACUUCCUGUGCUGACUAGACCUGGUGAGUAUGUAUCGUGACUGGAAUGGUGAUGUUUGGGUGGGUCAUCAUGACAUAGUAUAGUACAAAUGACGCACUGCAUUACCUCCAUGAAACGGGGAGUCACUGUUUUCAUAGAAUUAUUGCUCAGGCAACAAGCAGUGUUAUUUUGAUAACGUUCUACAUUCACAUGUUGUCAAGCCGCAGUCCUCCAAUAGUAAACCAACUUACUUUUUUUACCCUACAGAUUUAAUGUUGAUGGAUCCUAGUGUGGUAUCCACACCCUGCUCGCUUUAUGACUCAGCUUGCCUAGAAAUAAGAAGUUGUUAAAGGGAUAGUGCUCCCAGAAAUGAAAACUACCCUCAUGUCAAUACAAACCUGUAUGUCACC